AGAUCUGACACACAGCGGCAGAUAACUCCAGAUAUUCAGCUCUCCAGCUCCUGUUCUUCUGCUAUGCGAGCGGUGUGUGUGUGUGUGUUGUUGGUGUGUGUGCUGGUGUGUGUGUUGGAUGCGUCUCCUGUGCCAGCUCCUGAACCCAUCCGCUGUGCCCCGUGCUCUGCGGAUCAGCUGUCGGCGUGUCCUGCCGUGUCCCCCGGCUGUGCUGAGGUGGUCCGGGAUCCGGGCUGCGGCUGCUGUUCCUCCUGCGCCCUGCGGAGCGGCGACUCCUGCGGCGUCCACACGGCAAACUGCGGCGCCGGCCUGCGCUGCGUCCCGAGAGCUGGAGACCCGCGCCCGCUGCACUCGCUGACCCGCGGGCACGCCGUCUGUGUGGAGCACCACCCUACUGAAGAGGACACAGAGCUGACGUCUGAACCGGGCUCACUGCAUCACCUGCUGAGCCUGAACAGAGCCCUGGACCCGCGGGACACGGCGGAGGCACAGGAGAGCAUCAAGUCACAACUCAACGCCAUCCGGCAGAAGCUCAUCCAGCAGGGUCCGUGUCACACUGAGCUUCUCGCGUCUCUGGACGUCAUCACAGAGUCUCAGCAGGCGUUGGGAGAGAAGUUCACCAGUUUCUACCUGCCCAACUGUGAUAAACACGGCUUCUACAAGGCCAAACAGUGUGUGUCGUCUCUGGUGGCUCAGGCUCCGCGCUGCUGGUGUGUGUCCUCCUGGAAUGGCAAGAGACUCGCCGGCACUGCUGAUGUGGAGGCAGAUACACCGUGCCCACAGGAGCUCACACACUGAACACACACACAUGCAACAUGCUUAUAUAUCCCUCACACACACACACACACACACACACACACACACACACACACACACACACACACACACACACACACACACACAUAUUUAUUGUCGUCUACAUGGCUCUUAUUAUAUUUAUGACCUGGUCUUGUUGUCAGAAUGGGAGUGACUGGUGUGCUGACUCCACCUGGGGUCUUCAGAUUCUCCUGGACGCUCCACAGUGUUUGUGUUGAACUAUAGUCUCACUAUAGCCAGUUUUGCACAGAUAACUGUGCUGUGUUUAUCUGUGAAUGUUUCCUCUGUGUGUAUAUAUGAUGUGAAGUGCUUUAUUUAAUUCCUCUGUGUAUUUAAAACAAACGUCUACCUCACGCUAGACCUCAACACAGUGAUCCUCCUGAAGAGUGCUGCUCUAUUUAUUCUCUAACCAGUGUUCUGUUGGGUUAAUGUGUGUAUAUAUGUGGAUUAUACGGUGAUUUAAAUAAACUGUUGAAGACUGCA